AAGAAGUCAAUGUGUUCAAACUGGGAAACUUCCAGGUUCGUGGCAUGAAACUACAUGCACAAUUGCAGAAAAAAGUAUAAAUCUGUUACUUGGUUUAGUCUUUUAUUUAUACCCCUAUGAUUGUUUUCCAGGGAAGAAGCAUACAUUCUUCUUUCAUCUCAAAUGGCUUUACUUUGAUCCUCUGCUCCGUUUCCUUAUCAGCACAGGGUAACUGAUCAGAAGAAACAGGAGAUAGAGAUCUAAAUUGGUAUCCAAUUUUUUUAUUUAUUUAAAUCUAUUUGGCCUAUUCCUUGAUAUGUAGUGUGUUUGUUUCUUAACUAGUUUCCAAAGAUCUUGCAUACAGAAUCUUUGGUUUCUUUUCUUUUGUCAUUUUGGAGGUUUGAGUUAGUUUGCAAAGCAAAGCUAUGGCAUCAUUGGUAGGAGGGGCUGCUCUGGGGGCAGUGUUUGGAGAGCUAGUUAAUGUGUUGCAUGACACAUUUAAGAGUGUUGGAAGCGAUGCCCUUAUGUUCAAGUCAAUUCUUAAACGCCUCAAACGCAGUCUAGAUCUUAUAGAUCCAGUGGUUAAAGACAUAACACGAUUGAACGAAAUACUUGAUCACCGAGAAGAGGAAACAAAGAGCUUGAUCGAAGAUAUGAGGAAGGCCAAGGAGCUCAUUGGCAUGUUGGACAACCAAGAGUUGGACUCCUCUUUCGAGAAAGAACUUGCAGAGUUGAAUGAGUCCAUUGCGACAUUCUUUCAGUUUCAUAUCCCAGCUCAGAACAGAAGGGAUAUAUUGCAGAUUUUGGAGAAGCAGAAUUUUCUUUGCGAGCGAAUGGAGUCGCUAGCGAUUAAAAGUGGGGCAACGUGUGUUGUUGCUCCACCCCUGGGUUUUACUAUCGGGAUGGAUCUGCCUUUGAUGGCGUUGAAUGAUGAGAGGCAGCAGAUUCUAAUAAUUCUAUGGACUACCCCUGCAGGAUGCGGAAAGACCACACUGGUGAAAAUGCUUGGUCAUGGCCAGGAAAUUAAAGGAAAAUUUAAGUACAACAAAUUUUUGGUCCACUUUUCUAAAAAUUUCAACCUGACGACCAUUGCGCAAAGACUUUAUCAAUUUAUAAGUGAUCAGGUGCCCGAGUUCCAAAGUGAUGAAGAUGAAAUCAACCAGCUAUGGGAAGGAGUGGCCAAAAUUGGAUCAAAAUGUAAAUUUUUGAUCUUGGAUGAUGUUUGGUCUGAAUCAGAAUUCUGUCUUAAGGAGUUUAUGUCUGAUAUUCCAAAUUACAAUAUUCUGGUGACCUCAAGAACUGCACUUCCAGGAUUUAGCUUUACAUAUUACUUAAAUCCGUUAAAUGAUGACCAUGCAACGAUGCUGCUUCAUCACUCAGCAUCUCUGCUACAUGAGAGUUCUAACAUUCCUGUUGAAGCCAUCAACAAGAUAGUGAGAGGCUGUAGCAGGUUCCCACUGGCGCUCAAAGUGAUUAGUGGAUUACUCAAUGAGAAACCUGAAUUUUCAGAUCACGAGGUCAUCUUCAAAGAAUAUUUAAUGGAUCUAGGUUCAUUUCCUGAAGACCAAAGGAUCCCUGGUCCUGCCAUUAUUGAUAUGUGGGCAGAAUCAUAUAAACUAGUUGAAGUUGGCAACAAUGCCAUUCACAAUUUACAGAAAAUCCCCACCCGGAAUCUGGCUAAUCUUGUGAGGAAAAGACUAGACAUGUCACCAUUCAAGAAAGCAGCUGUGAAAGGAGGCAGUUCCAAAGGGAAGGAACCCGUCAUUGAUGUUGAUGAUUACCCACCUCAAACAAAAGAGACUCGUUCUUCAUCAAAGAGAUUUGAUCCCAACAAGUUCAGAUCCUAUGCAGCCUAUCAGUCUCAUGAGAAUUAUUUUCAAAAUGCUACACCAUUACUAGAAAGAACUGUGGAUCAAUCAUCACUUCAUGACACUGACAUUCCGAAAUGGUUUGCUCACAAGGACUGGAAUUACCUUCUCUCUGAUCUGGAUGACGCGUAUGAAGAUUUGGUAAAGGAAUUUUAUGCCAACGCGAUUGUGGAAGAAGAUGAACUUAAGUGCUGGGUUAGGAAAAAAAGCUUUUCGGUCUCUCCUGCAUAUUUGGCAGAAAUCCUUCACAUCAACAGACCAAUAUUCCGACACUCACCGGUUUAUGAUGAUCUUUGUCCUGAUGAGGAGCUUCUCAAAGAAAGUCUUGGACAAGACUUGGAGUUCUCACCCAAUGGAAAAUCCAUCAGUGUUUCCUCUCUUCCUCCAAAACUGAGAGUGCUUACAAUUGUGAUGUUUCACAAUUUGUACCCUUUAUCAAGCACUGGGUAUAUGAACCUCGGACGUGCUUUGUUUCUUCAUGAUCUAAUCUCUGAUGUAAAAAUCGACAUCUGUGCUCAUAUCUUUCAUGUUCUGCGCAAAACGGUUCUACGAACUGAGUCUCGAACAUGCAUUCCUUUCUGCUGUCUCAUUUCAAGGAUCUUGAAGCUCAAGGGAAUUUAUCCAACGACAGAUGAAUCUCCUCUCUCGAAACCGAGUCCAAUCAACAUGCGUACAUUCAAUGCAAGCAUUGGACAUAGUCGGAAGGGAGCCAAACCAGAAACUUCUACAUCUCACAGUGGCUCUCAUUUCAGCACUCUCUCCCUUGAUGAAAAACUUGAUCACAUUGUAUCCUCUGUACACGAGUUGAAUACAAAGAUGUCCGGACUCACAUCUACUUUACACCAUCACAGCACUCGAUGGGAUAUGAAGUUUACUUCACUUCAAACUCAAUUGGAUCAAAUUCAGAGAAAGCUGGAAGAGGAUGCAUAGCCUAUUCCAUGACAAAAAGGGGGAGUGUUAGGCUUGAUCAGAGGGGGAGGAUAUUACCUAAGGGGGAGUGUCUUUGCAUUCUUCUUCAGUUUAAGUUGAUAUAUUGUGUUUUAUAAACUGUUAUUUUGUGUUUUGUACCCAUGUGCUUAUGUAAGCUUUUAGGGUUAAUGUUUUUAUGCAUAUUAUGUAGGCUUUAUGGUUUGUACCUUGCUUAAUGCAGCCUUUUAUGCUAUGUUGAAAUCAGUACUUCUAUCUAAAUGUCUUGCAUUUUGAUUUA